GUUUGUUUCGAGAGCUGCCAACUUGCUGUGCGCUGUUCUUCGUUUGUUGUGAAAAAAUAAAUUGUCAUAAAAAUAAAACGCGACGACGACGACACACGUCGUUUGAUUCACUUUAAGUUUAACCAUGUCGCAACAACGAGCAACAGACCCCAACACAGCCAGCAACAACGCCGUGGUUAACUUGGACGACGGCGACGACGAGGAGGACGAAGAUGUCCAGUUUGUUGGUGUUGUGCGUCCUCUGACCAGUGUCAUCGAUCUCUGCAUGUCGCCCUCGACUUCCGCGGCUGCUGCAGCCAGGGCAGCAGAAGCAGGAUCUGCUGGUGCUGGUGGUGAAUCAGAUACUCCACCACCACCUGCUCCAUCGUCACCGGGGGAAGCUUUGAAAUCAACUGACGGUGAAGCAGCCACUCCGACUCCUGGCGAGGACACUGCAGCUCCAUUGGAAUGUCCUAUCUGCCUGCAGACCUGCAUCCAUCCUGCCCGCCUGCCGUGCGGCCACAUCUUCUGCUUCUUGUGUGUUAAGGGUGUUGCAUACAAGAACCGACGUUGCGCCAUGUGUCGCCGCGAAAUUCCCGCCGAGUUUCUUGACCAUCCACAGCUGGUGAAUGGCAUCGAAGACAUUUGCGCCACCCGCGCUACCGAGGAUGGCUAUCAGUGGUACUACGAGGGCCGGAACGGUUGGUGGCAGUACGACGAUCGAACGAGUCAGGACAUAGAGGAGGCCUUCAAGAAGGGCGACAAGUCCUGCACCAUCCUGGUGGCCGGCUACGUUUACAUUGUGGAUCUCGAGCAGCUUGUCCAGCAGCGCCAAAACGAACCCACCCGCUGUCGGAGGGUUAAACGAGACUUGGCCACCAUACCCAAGAAGGGGGUGGCCGGCCUGAGGAUUGAGGGCAACCAGGUGACCAGCGACACUAUCUUUAGUAGACCCACCAGCAGCACAACCACUCCGGCAACCGUGGCGACAGCUGGCUCAAGCUUUAUAUCUACGAUUGCGGCUACGGACGCGGCGAUCAGGAUUGCCAGCGACAUCAUUGGCUCAACACUAGCCCAGGCGGACGAACUCACCAGAGGAUUGGCGGCCAGCAACAUCAGCGAAGAUCCCAGCGGUGAGCAAAUCCAAUCCACAGAUCCACAGGAAGCGGGACGCUCGCCUGCCUCCUCGCCGCCCAAUUCCAUACAAGAUCUCAUCACGGAGAACUUGCACACCCUCCAGCAUACCAUCCAGCACAUACAGAACAACCAGCACACCAUCGAUCUCUUCGAGCAGGCCUUGAAUAACUUCCAGGCGCUAACCAUGCGCAGCUACGGGGACUCCAGCGAUGAGGAGGACGAGUCUCCGGCGAUGAAUCAAGAGCAGGAGGCGGGCGAGCAGUCUCAGUCCGGGGAUAAUCAUCAGGGAGCUUAGAGUGUGUCUUGAGUAAAGUUUCUCUGUCGCUAGUUUAGCCCACAUACACCUAAAGAAAUGAUCAAUGUUCCUUUUAGAAGAUUUCACAAAACGGAAUGGGGAAUGUUAACUAGAGAAAUGCAGCGCGUACCUGAGAAUAUAUCAACUAAAUAAUAUUUAACGGAUAGGCUCUAGGCGUUGAGCGUUGAGAACCGAAACAGAAACAGAUCAGAAUGAAACAGGGUACAGGGUAAACGAACAUAUAUUCCAUAAAGAUUUAAGAUCCGCCUGCAAUUAAUCCACAGAUUCUACUUCUAUAUAGUUACCCCCCAAAAAAAAGGUAGUUGAGAAUCAAGUUCUUAAUAUUGACACCAAUAGGUGCUGCCGCAUGAUAUUCCGAUGUACAUAACUCAGUCUAUAAACAUGAUUAACUCCCACAGUAGAUAUUCGAUCGCUUCCUAUAUUUCCUCUUUCAGAAAAGGUUAAACAAAGACCAGGAGAGCGUUGUGUGAAAACGACAAUAUAUGUAUGUGAGUUGGGUUAUACUCGACAAGGGUGUGAUUCUUGGAGGUCAAUUUUAGAAAAGCCCCAAUUAAAUGAUUGGUCACAGUGCGUUAAGAAAAGAUUCAGUUCUAAUGAUAUUAAGAUUCACUGAUUUUCUAUACUCUUGGGCAUAGUUGAGAGAUAUAUUUUAUUUUGUGUUUAGUUUCAAGACGCACUGUAGUCAGAGAAUCAGAUCCAGUAUUAAAUAUUAAGCCGCCGUUAUGUGCGUUAAGAAUAUAAAAACAGUUCUGUGACAGUUAAAUAUUAUAUUUACAUAUACCUUAAGUUACUAUUAAAGAAACAUAUAAAAUAAUCAUUGGAUAGUUUCGCAGCAAAGCCCACUAUCUAAGAACUUGAUGUAUACUAUGAGGAUAUACGCCUGGUUUAAUAAUCUCAAUUUUGUGACUACUAUUUAUAGAUUCGUUUUCGAUAUGUACCCCGCCAUUACUUCUA